AUGCUUUUUGGUGUGACCAAUGCUCUGACUGUGUUUAUAGACUACAUGAACCGGAUCUUCAGAUCAUUCUUGGACAAGUUUGUCGUAGUCUUCAUAGACGACAUACUUAUCUACUCCAGAACUCAGGAGGAACAUGCAAAACACCUGAGAUUGGUGCUUAGUAUUCUGAGAGAGAAACAAUUAUAUGCUAAGUUAUCCAAGUGUGAAUUUUGGAUGGAUGAAGUGCAAUUCUUAGGACAUGUGAUAUCUGCCCAGGGAAUAGUGGUGGAUCCGACGAAGGUUGAUGCAGUGGCUAAGUGGGAAAGUCUCAAGUCAGCAACAGAGAUCAGAAGCUUCGUGGGUUUAGCUGGCUACUAUAAGAGAUUCAUAGAAGGAUUCUCCAAGAUAGUGGUGCCGCUGACAUAG